AUGGGGAAGACUGCAGACUUGACAGAUGCCAGGGUUGCUAACACCCUGCACAAGGAGGUAUCACAUCCAGCAGCUCUGUGUGGUGGAGACCAGUCGAGGUUGGCUUCCUGCCUGUUGAGAUGUGCCAGUAGGAAACAUUGUGAACAGGGGUUCAUGCUGAUGAAAUUGAUCUGCUCAGUGAGCUCCAACCAGAGCCAUGGGGAGUACCCAGACUGCCGAAGUGAGAGGGAGUCAGGAGGGGAGGCGUCUCUCCUGGUGUCUCCGCUGGUGGUGGCGGGAAUCGUUAUAGGUCUGGUCCUCUUCCUCUCCUGCAUCACCAUCAUCGUCGGCAGCCUGCGUAAAGACAGUCGACUCCGUAACCCACACCUCCGAGCCAGCUACGGUCUGGACGGUUUUUCUUAUGGAGGGUCAGUAGGAGAACUGAGAUCAACCUGCUUAGAGGAUUUUCCUCCUGGUUUAGACUUUGAUUCAUUCAGAGAGACUCUGCAGGUCAACAACUUGUACCCAGACUCACCUCCAAGAUACGAUGAGUGUGUUGGCCCAGGUGCAACCCAGAUCUACAUUCCUACAGAUGACCCACCCCCUUACUCCCUUUUGGACCCCUGUCAGAGAGUGUCAGAGCAGGAGGAGCAGCCCAACUACACCAGUAUGGAUCCUUCUCCAUACUGUGGAGAGAGCUCAGCCAGCGCAGCCUGGUUCUCCCCCUCCCACUACCCGCUGGGACUCCCGCAGCAGGAGCAUCAACACAUCGCAUCCAUCUCUUUCCCUCUGGAAGCAGCGCCACCUUACGAGUCAGUGCUGGCCGAGCAGGGACAGCCCCUCCCCCUUAUGCCAUGUGAUCUUUAUAAACACCAGUCAGAGGGCGGGGAUGACGGCAACUCCCAGCAACCAGGGACAAACCAGAUCUUGUAGGACAGUUGUUUUGUUUCUUUCACCUGCGCCACUGGUUGUCCCAGCUGAAGUGAACAAACACUUGUGAUAUGGGGCACCUAAUGGGUGUUAGGAGCAGCUGUGACACCAAACAAUGGACACUAAGUGAGAUGGAACAUCUUCCACACAAUUUCUUACAUCUCAGUUGACACUGAAGCAGCCAGGACUCCAGUUUUUAACUAUUUGCCCAGUUUUAUCCUUAACAGAAAAAUACUCACUGAUUGCGUUGUACUGUAUUUCUGGAAUGACGUCUUCUGCUCUUGUUUUUCCAAAUGAUGCUCCCUACGAAAAGACUUCCUUCUCUUUAGUAAUAACACCACUGUCUGGUUUAGUUUUGCCAUAUUUUGACUGUUAAUCUUUCUUUCUUGAGAUUGUGUGUCACAUUUGGAGUUGAAGCUGACUUACUGCAAAAAAGUAAUCAUCUAGUCAUCGUAGUUCAAACAUUGUCAUGAGAUGGAGAAAGAUUGAGUGUCAACGAUAUUGAUAUGAUGUAUAGAAGUAGUUAAUGGUAUACACAAGCACACAGAGAGCCAACCCGUCUGUUUCCAGUCUCUGUUUGUGAGUGUGGCAGUAUCCUAAUGGGGACAAGAUGGCUUUGUGAUUAAAAAUAUAAAUACUAAUGAGGAAACUACCAGCAAAAAAAGCAAAGUAUCGACAGGCUGUGUCUCGGUUAUGUGUUGUACAUGUGUCUGCACCAGAGAGGUGGUUUUACUAGUCCACUGUUGUACAAAUUGUCAUAACUCUUUCAAACAAGGGCUCUGGUUUUAGUAUUAUUUCAGUAACUGGACCCAAGCAGCAAACUGUAGCUCCAAACCCUCCUCUGAUGAUGAUGGGAGGUUGAUGCAACUAAGAAGUUACACAUUAAACUGUAGACCAGUGAACGCACUGUUCACUGAGGGAAU